AUGGUAUGGGAAGUUGUCGAAGCUGAGGUUCAAGACAAUGAGAAGAGUAAUAUGGCUAUGGCGCUCAUAUUUCAGUCGAUACCAGAGGCACUGAUAUUACAAGUUGGAGAGUUCGACACCGCGAAGAAGGUAUGGGAUGCGAUUCGAACCAGACAUGUGGGAGCUGAGCGUGUCAAAGAUGCAAGGUUACAUACGUUAAUGGCAGAUUUUGAUCGUCUUACGGUGAAAGAGACAGAGACAAUUGACAAAUUCGUUCGAGAAGAGAUCAAAGAAGCGAAGCUUGUUAAAAAGUUUCUUAAGUGUCUACCUCGCAAGAAGUACAUACAUAUUGUGGCUUCUUUGGAACAAGUCCUAGACCUCAAAAACACAAGCUUUGAGGAUAUUAUAGGACGUCUAAAAGCUUAUGAGGAGCAUGUCUACGAAGAAGAAGAUAAUCAAGAAGAUCAAAGUAAGCUUAUGUAUGCAAACGGUGAACCUCAACAAUACCAAACACACGACUACAACAACAAUUAUACAGGCAGAGGUCAUGGAGGGCGGUUCUAUAACAGAGGACGUGGUCGUGGUUGGUUCAAUGGAGCAAGAGAUGCAUCAAGACUUACAUGUUUUAGAUGCGAUAAAACAAGACAUGUUGCAUACGACUGUCCAGAUUGGUUGCUUAAGCUACAAGAAACACAAGAAAAUGACAACAUGUCAACACAAGAGGCAGAUGAAUUGAUGAUGCAUGAGAUAGUAUACCUAAAUGAAGAAAAGAUUGUACCAAACAACUAUGAAAGAAGAGACGGUGAUGACAACAUCUGGUAUCUUGAUAACGGGGCUAGUAAUCACAUGAGUGGUGAUCGUAGAUAUUUUGUUUCUGUCGAUGAUUCAGUUAGUGGAAAAGUAAGGUUUGGAGAUGAUUCCAGGAUCGAAAUCAAAAGGAAAGGAUCAAUCGAAUUCAUAGACAGAAACAGAGAGCCGAGAAAGAUCACAGAUGUUUACUUCAUUCCCAACCUUAAGAGCAAUAUAAACAGUCUUGGACAAGCAACUCAAGCAGGAUGCAACAUAAGAAUGAAGGGAGGGCAUCUUAUAAUGCAUGACCGUGAUGGGAAACUUAUUGCUAAAGCGGUAAGAUAA